AAAAAAAAAAAAAUGUAGUGAUGUAGUGUCUGUCAUAUUAUGGAUAUUUUUCUCAAUUUGAUUUUUACCUUCCGCUUAAUACACAUUUAUCUGAAUCUCCCCCAUGUGCCAGGCACUAGUCUAAUCAUCAAGGAUGAAAUAGACACAGUCCCUGCCAUUAAGGAUCUUACAGUCUAACAGAGGGAAGCUGGCAGAUAAAUAGUGACUGCAAUAAAAUUUUCACAUCUUCCACCAUAAGUACAAAUAGGCUAUAGUGGAUGCACUAAAAGACGUGAGUGGCCAAUUGGACAUGUCGGGGCCAGGAAAAGACUUCAGAGAUGAUUCUUAACUAAGAAUAAAAAGCUUUACUAGAGUAACAAGGGACAAAGUAGGAAAGGCAUUCCAAGCAGAGGAACACCAAAAGAUAGGGCCGGAGAGCUGGUUAGUGGAUUUGGGUUUGGCUUCAGUAGUUGGGUUUGUCUGAGGAGUAAAAUGUCAGGAAAAUCCAGUAGAAGAAAGGGCUGGAGAGACCUCAGAAGUCACAUAAUUUUAAAAAUCAUACAUAACUUUUUGAGUAAUCUUUCCCUUUCUGAUCUUACAUAAUGUUUAACAUUAAAAAAAAAAAAAUCCUUCCUAGCCCCAGAGAUUUGAUGUUUACCUUCAUUUUCUUCUAGUUUCUGUUUACAUUUAAUCUAUCAGGAGUUGACUUUGGUAUAUAAUGGCAAACUUCAUUUGGAUCUUAUUUUUUCUGUUUUAAUGUUUAUAUGGUUCACUAAACUUCCUUCUGUAACCUUACUUUAAUAAUGGGUAAAAACAGGGGGUGUUAAAUAUCUAAUAAAGAGUAUUUAUGCCCAGGUGGGGACAAUGCUAAGGACAACAAAAGAAAUUUCACUGGGGUUUGCUAUUUUAAUACUUAAAUACCAAAAGGGAGCUGUGCCAAACAUCAGGGGUGCAGAUAUGCAGCCUUUUAGGGUCCUGGCUCUCAGAAUACCACUACUACUUUGUAUUCAUAGACUGCAUAUUUUUCAGGAGCCAUCCAUUUUUCCACAAACAGUAAUUUAUUUACACCAUAACUGAAGAGGGGAGGAGGAGAAAUAUAUCAUUGCCUGCUUCAUUUGUUUACUACUACCAGAAAUUAGGUGGAGUCAGGCUUCCUCCCCUGAUGCCGGCUGGAGAUUGGGUGGGGUUGGCAUCUCUCUGCUGUACCGGCCAGACACUGAGACAGUUGACAACUGAGAGCUGUGAUUGGUUAGAAAGGCAAAAGUAACCCUACCAGGUUGGCUCUGGACUCCCCCAGAUUCCCCUGUUGUUACUUCAUAACAUUCUGAAGACCUGUCCACCAAUCACAGGACUCCUUACUGGAAAAACCAACUGCUGGGGAGUGCCAAGAGUCCCUAGCAACACCCUGCAGCUUUUGAAAUCUGAGGGGAAAAGACUGUAGUCAGCCCUUAGUGGAUGAGAGCACCUAUGUCCCAGAAAGAGCAGGCUCCCAGGAUGGACACCUCGCCCUCUGAAGAACGCUUAGAGAAGCAAAAUGAAAAACUGAAAAACCAGGAAGAGGAGAUGGAGUUUAAGGAACUGGACGAUCUGAGGGAAGCCUUGGCAAACCUCCGGGGACUGUCAGAGGAGGAGAGGAGUGAGAAGGCUAUGCUUCGCUCCCGCAUUGAAGAUCAGUCCCAGCUCAUCUGCAUCCUGAAGCGGAGGUCAGAUGAGGCCCUGGAGCGCUGCCAGAUCCUAGAGCUGCUCAAUGCAGAGCUGGAGGAGAAGAUGAUGCAGGAGGCUGAGAAGCUCAAGGCCCAGGGUGAGUACACUGGGAAGCUAGAGGAACGCUUUAUGACCCUAGCAGCUAACCACGAGUUGAUGAUCCGCUUCAAGGAUGAAUACAAGAGUGAGAACAUCAAGCUGAGGGAGGAGAAUGAGAAACUGAGGCUGGAGAAUAGCAGCCUCUUCAGCCAGGCUCUGAAGGAUGAGGAGGCAAAAGUAUUACAGCUCACAGUCCGGUGUGAGACCCUCACUGGGGAGCUAGAGACGCUGAAGGAGAGGUGUGCUCAGGUUGCCUGCCAGGCACAGGCGCGGGAGAAGGAGCUGCUGAAGCUACAGAGCCAGCAGGCCUACACCCACACCAAGGAGACAGAACAGCUGCGCAGCCAGCUGCAGACUCUCAAGCAGCAGCACCAGCAGGCUGUGGAGCAGAUGGCUAAGGCAGAGGAGACACACAGCAGCCUAAGCCAGGAGCUGCAGGCCAGGCUGCAGACCGUCACUAGAGAGAAAGAGGAGUUGCUGCAGCUGUCCAUGGAAAGGGGCAAAGUGCUUCAGAACAAACAGGCAGAGAUCCACCAGCUUGAGGAAAAGUUGGAGAUAGCAAAUGAGGGCAGGAAGCAUGCGCUGGAGCGGUUUAAGCAAGAGGCAGUGGCUGUGGACAGCAACUUGAGAGUCAGGGAGCUUCAGUGCAAAGUAGAUGGGAUCCAGAAGGCCUACGAUGAACUGAGGCUGCAGUCUGAAGCCUUCAAAAAGCACAGCCUGGAUCUUUUAAGCAAGGAGAGAGAACUCAAUGGCAAACUCCGCCAUCUCUUUCCAUAAGCAAGUCUCUGCUUCCUCUGGCCUGCAAUUCAGAAUUCAAACAUUUGUGUCUUAGCAUUAUGGCAAGAGUAAAGAUGAUAUCCCAUUUAUUAUACUUUUAAGCACAAAAGGCAACUCAAAGAAAAGCUACUUUACUAUGAUAUUGUUGUGAUUAUUGUAAAGCCAUUAUUAAUUUUCAUUUCUACCACCUAGAAUACACAAGAUUUGCCAGA